UAGUUACUCUCCAAAUACUGGGUAUUAUGCUCAAAUAAUAUAAUACUUAUUAAGCUCAGGAAGAGCCUGAACAUAUUAUCAGUACGGCGAAAUUGACAUUCUUACUUGAAUCUCAUGAUAAACUAGUAAUAUGUACAAAUAUAGCUUAGUGUUUUUUGUGCUGUUCACAUUAACGUGUUUUAUUACUUCACUGGCGUACGAUCCAGAAGAUGUCGAGUUGAAAAAUGUAAUUCCACCCAACGGUACGUUUGCAGCAUUUUACCCACGCGAAAUGUAUGGUAUACGUAAUGGAAACGCAAGAGCACCGUUCUCGCAUGGAAGCUUCUUCAAGAACAGAAAUCCUUCAUUAGUUGAUGUCCGUAACGCUGCUGCUUACGGAUAUCGUUUUGAUGGUAAAAGGCGAUUCCAUUAUCCUUGACGCAUCCCAUUUUCCUUGACGCAUUCCAUAUUCCUUGCCGCAUUCCAUAUUCCUUGCCGCAUUCGAUUUUUUGAUCAUUUUGUUUUAAACCUUAAGUUUAUAUCAAAUGGAAUUCCAUUACUUAGCUUAACGUGUAAUAAGAAUGUAUCAUACUAGGUAAUUAGAAUAUAGUUUGAAAAUAUAAAUUGGCAUGAAAACUUGUUUAAGCAGUUCUAUGGGCAAAAAUCAGUGCCAACAUUUCAAAGGGGCGUAAUUGCUUUUGUAAACAAUGACUUUAGCUGUCGAUUUCU